AUGCUUUUUGCCGCCAGACGGGUCCUGCUGGGGCGGGCCGUGUCGCCCAUCGGCAGCUCUGGCUAUCGCGGCCGCUUUCUGUCGACGUUGGCCAUCCUUGAGCAGCGCGGUGGCCAAUUGAACGCUGGCUCGCUGAGCGCAUUCACCGCGGCAAAGAAGCUUGGCGGCACUGUCCACGGCUUCAUUGCUGGCAGCUCUGUCUCGGCUGCCGCUGCUCAGGCCGCCAAGGUGGAGGGUGUUGAGCAGAUUGUUACCGUCGAGAACGAGGCAUACGAGAAGGGUCUUCCCGAGAACUAUGCUCCGCUACUGGUCGAGAACAUCAAGAAGGGCAACUACACUCACGUCGUCGGCGGCCAUACGGCAUUCGGCAAGAAUGUGCUGCCCCGGGUUGCCGCGCUCUUGGACUCGCAGCAGAUAUCAGAUAUCACGGGCGUUCAGGACGACAAGACUUUUGUCCGUCCCAUCUACGCCGGCAAUGCCAUCGCUACGAUCGAGUCGUCGGACGCCGUCAAGAUCAUCACCAUUCGAGGAACAGCCUUUGCGCCCGCCACGGCCGAAGCCGGUUCUGCCUCCGUUGUGCAGGGGACUGACCCCAAGGCCGACUCGACCACGGAGUGGGUGUCUGAGGACCUUGCUAAAUCAGACCGCCCGGACCUGGCAACGGCGAGCAAAGUCGUCUCUGGUGGUCGCGGCCUCAAGUCCAAGGAAGAUUUCGACAAGGUUAUGCUGCCCCUCGCAGAUGCCCUGGGGGCUGCCGUCGGUGCGUCACGGGCCGCCGUCGACAGUGGCUACGCAGACAACAGCCUCCAGGUCGGCCAGACUGGCAAGGUCGUCGCCCCUCAGCUCUACAUGGCCGUUGGCAUUUCCGGCGCCAUUCAGCAUCUGGCAGGCAUGAAGGACAGCAAAGUUAUUGCGGCCAUCAACAAAGAUGCGGACGCGCCUAUCUUCCAGGUGGCAGAUGUGGGCUUGGUCGGCGACUUGUUCGAGAAGGUCCCGGAACUGACCGAGAAGGUCAAGAGCUCUUAG